UUUACUGCUUCCCCUGUUCUCCCAAACACCGCGGUUGGUGUCUCUUCCUAUGACCUGCCAGAGUGUCGAAACACGGCUGGCAACGCGAUAUUGAUGGUGUACUCACGUCCUGUAAAUUUUUUUCUUCUCUUUCUCUCUCAACAACAGCACCGGGAGCGGGGAACUUGGGUGUUGCUCAUGGCCUGUGACCGGGAGAUAGCCAGCGUUGGAUUGUUCGUACGACACAAUCCCGCCUCUUGCUCGCUUGGCCAUUGUCGCAGAAAAAUGCUCCCAACUUCCGUGUGCUGGCUGGGCACUAUAUUCGGUUUGGUCCAUUCUUUAAUCGGCUGGUGCUAAUAAUAUAGCCUUGCAAAAACAACGACCUUCAUGAGCAGCACGUUGAGGAUGUCAUAAUGAAGUCAUAGAUCGUCUCCUCGCUCUGUCGCAUUGCGCUA